GGGUGUCAGAGGAACUUUGCGGAGUCAAGCUUCGAGUCAGAUGAACACAUUACGUUGAUGGUAUCCUCCAUUGUGAGGCACGCCCUUCUGUUGUGGCCUUGAGGAUGAUCACCAAUUCCGAUCUCGGUCGUUCGUUCUACAUCUGCUACUUGGCAUGACUCUUUGUUUGCUUCACUCAUCACAUUUUCUAUUGUCUUUUUCUUAUUGAAAAUCGUAAAGAUGGCUUCAAACCAUUACAAAACUCUCAAUGAGCACUAUCCUUGGACAGCGAACCCUACAGUCGUUUUAGCUCCCAUGCGGAUGAUCUCAACACCACCGCUAGCCACUGAAGUGUCGCGAGCCGGAGGCUUUGGAUUUCUUGGUGUCGGUACCGACGUUAGUACAUUCUCUCCCAUGCUCAAAGAAGCGUCAUCAAUCCUCGAGUCAUCCCUCCCGACCUCAGAGGGUGUCCUCCCCAUUGGAGUUGGCUUCAUUUGCUGGGGUGUUGAUCUCUCAGUUGCCAUUUCGGUCUUUGAAUCAGCACCGUUGAAACCAGCUGCUGCAUGGUUGUUUGCUCCUCGAGAGCCGAAAGAUCUGAUAUCGUGGACGGAAGGCAUUCGAAAGGCCACCAACAGCAGAACUAAGAUAUGGAUCCAAGUUGGAACCGUCACAAUGGCUCUCGAUGUAGUGAAGAGCUGCAAUCCUGAUGUUCUUGUCAUCCAAGGAGCAGAUGCUGGAGGUCAUGGUCUCGCUCAGUCAAGCUCAAUCAUUUCCUUGCUACCAGAAUGUGGAGAUGCACUUGCUAAGGAAGGAUUCGGACACAUACCCCUGAUAGCUGCAGGUGGAAUCAUAGAUGGAAGAGGUGUCUCUGCUGCUCUAACAUUGGGCGCCAGUGCAGUGUGUAUGGGAACGAGAUUCUUGGCAGCUCCAGAGACACCUAUUAGCAACGGGUAUAAGAACGCCGUUGUAAAAGCAAGUGAUGGAGGUGUGACGACAGCGAGGACAACCGUCUAUGACAAGAUACGAGGCACGAUUGGCUGGCCUGCUACCUACAAUGCUAGGGGAGUAUUGAAUCAGAGUUUUUGGGACCAUGGAAAAGGUAUGAGUGAAGAAGAGAACAAGAGGUUGUAUGAAGAGGAGAUGAAGAAGGGUGACGCUGGAUGGAGUGAUCAAGGUAGGAUGACGACUUAUGCCGGAACUGGAGUGGGAUUGGUCCGGAAUACUCAACCAGCUGGGGAGAUUGUCAAGGAGGUGAUGCGAGAUGCGAAAGAACGACUUAAGACUGUGGGUAACAUGUUCUAAGCCAUGAGUUAACGUUUGCUUUGAAAUUACAAUUAUCAGAUUCAGGCUCGGUUUAGAAUGUGGCACAUCUAAAAUAUCUUGGAUUCAGCAUUCCAAAUGCAAACUUUUCUCGUUCUCUACCCUUUCGUCUCAACUUGAAUAUCAUCUUACUUCUCGUCCUUUCGUUGCUUCCAACUUUCAUCGUGCUACCAACUUCUAUGGUACUGUCAAGUCCCAUCGUACUGUCAACUUCCAUCAUGUUGCCAACUUUCAUCGCGCUGUCAACUUCCAUCAUACUGUCAUCGACUUUCGUGAUCUGCGUCUUCUAAACAAGAUGUGGGAUCUUAUUACACAACAAUAGUCCAUAUUGCUGAGUUAGCUGACGCCAUGUGGAUAAUUUCCCCCUCCUCUUGCCCGGCACCGUCGAGCUUCUUUGAUACUUCGACAAUGAUGGAGGUUUCGAGAUCGAGACG